UCUGGCAAAAUUUAGAAUGCAUGACCUGGUGGCCGUUCACGAUGACCACGUUCUUGCCCAGGCAAACGUUACAUUCAUGCGGCCGUUCUUGGCACGCCCCCUCUUUAUUUGUCUCUCGUUUCCGUUCCGGAAAAUUUCCAACUUUGUCGGCCAAUGACCGCAAGAGCUGGGGACCAUCCUCAACCGCGUUGACCCCGCCGCGCUACGGCCGCGAGGCCGGCGGUGACGACGACGCCGGUGAGGAUCGGAGGUCAAGGCGCGGCGAGCAGCGAUGACGUCGUCCGUGCGGCAGUGGUGGCGCCGCGCCGCCGCGGCGCUCAAGGACAGGAGAAGCCUGCUCCUGGCGCGCCUGCGCCCGCGCCGGGCCGGGUCGUGGUCGUGGCACCACCACCGGGAGCUGGAGGCGGCCGUGAUCCGCGCCACGAGCCACGAGGACCGGUGGAUGGACUACCGGAGCGCCGCGCGGGUGUUCGCGUGGGCGCGCACGUCGCCCUCGUCCCUGCGCCCCGCCAUGUGGGCGCUGGCGCGCCGCGCGCGGCGGACGCGGUGCUGGGUCGUGGCGCUCAAGGCGCUCAUGGUCGCGCACGGCCUGCUCCUCUGCUCCGGCCUCGCGCCGCCCGCCGCCCGCGCCGGGCGCGUCCCCUUCGAGCUCGCCGACUUCCGUGACCGCUCCUCGUCCUCGUCGUCGCCCAGGUCCCUGGCCUUCUCCGCCUUCGUGCGCGCGUACUUCCGCUUCCUGGACUACCGCUCCCUCUUCGCGGCGCAGGAAGACACCGACGACGGCGACUACCAAAUGGCCCUGCUCGACCGGAUAGCCAAGCGGCAGUUCUUGCUGGAGCUGCUCCAGCAGAUCCGCCCGUACGGCGACGGCAUGGAGGUGCCACUCGUGCUCGAGGCUAUGGACUGCGCCCUCGUCGAGAUCUUCCAGGUGUACGGGGAGAUAUGCACCGGCAUCACGCGGUUCCUCGUUGGCAGCGUACCCGGGGCGGCGAAGCCGCCGAUGAGCAAGGCCGCGGCGGCGGCGGGGAUGAAGGUGCUCUGGCGGGCGGCGGAGCAGAGCGCGAGGCUCUCGUCCUACUUCGACCUCUGCCGCGGGCUCGGCGUGGUCAACGCCCGCAAGCUCCCGGCGUCGUUCGAGCGCUUGAAGGACGACGACGUCCGUAACCUCGAGCGGAUCCUCUUGGUCGAUUCCCAGGACGACGCCAGUGACGAGGCGGUAGUGCAGGGUACGGCGCCAGCUGCCGUGACGGACGCCGCGGGGUCACCGUCGACGAUCGCCACGGUGGUGACGACCGAAUGGGUGGCGUUCGACGAGGAGAAACCAAGCGCUCGCGUCGUCGCCUGCAGCGGCGGAAGUAAGGGGCACGUCGGUAAUCACUGGAACCCCUUCCUCGCCGCGCCGUUGGACGUCCGGGAAGUCGGGAACUUGAUCGAGCUUUACUGACCUGACGCAAUGGCGAGGAUGAAGCUUCUUUGCCGUUCUUGUGUGUGCGCCCGGCAGAUUAAAAGGUUAGAAGCGAUCGCUAACCUGUAACCGCACGAAAUUGUACGCAUUGUAAGGCCCGGCGGACGUGGAUCCCGAAAAAAUAGCUCUGGCUCUACCUCAUAUGGAAAAGUAUUUUUUUCUCGCUCUGACUUAUUUUGUAAAAACAUUUGGCAAAACGACUUCUCGUAGCUUUUUAGAAUGUAUAGAAGAUGUCAAUUGUCCUAUAUGCCCUUGGUUGUGUUGAUUGUUUGAA